ACGACUUUGGAUUUCCAAUGGAAAUAUAAAAAAAAACUAAAAUUUGGACUUGCUCUCAUCAUAUAUCAUUCAUACCUAUUGUUGUUAAACAUUUCAAGAUCAAAUCUCUCCUUCAUCAUCCAAAAUGAUCCUAACAAUUUCCCUACUAAUUUCAAUCCUCCCAAUAAUAAUUCUAAUAUUUUUGAUCCUACCAAGAACAAAUACAAGAAAAACCCUUGUUCCACCAGGUCCACCAGGCCCCCCAUUGAUUGGAAAUCUUCUUCAAUUCAGCUCAAGAACAAACCUUCAUGUCCAUCUAUGGCAGCUCUCCAAAACCUAUGGUCCCCUAAUGCACAUGAACUUCGGCCCCGUGCCCAUUCUCGUCGUCUCCUCAGCCGAGCUAGCCAAAGAAGUCUUGAAAACACAAGACUCGGCGUUCUGCAGCCGCGCGAACCACCUAGGACUCCGGAAGCUUUCAUAUGACUGCAAUGACAUCGCCUUUUCGCCGUAUAGCGAUUAUUGGAGGGAGGUCAAGAAGAUCACAUUAGUUCAUCUCUUGAACAGCAAGAAAAACCAAUCCUUUCGCCGGAUUCGCGAAGACGAGGUCUCUCGUAUGGUCAAAAUGAUCGCGGCAUUCGCCGAGUGUGGCAAAGUUGUCGAAUUAAACGAGAUUGUCACGUCGGUUAUGAUGAUUUUGUUGUGUAGAACUGCUUUUGGUAAGAGGUAUGGCGACGAAGGAGUCGAACUUAGAAGGUUCCAUGGCCUCUUGCAAGAUACUCAAGCUAUGAUGGUUGCUUUCUUUGUUUCGGAUUAUUUUCCUAUGUUGAGUUUCAUCGAUAGAGCUUUUGGAUCGAUUCGUCGGCUUGAUAAGGUUUGGAAGAAGUUGGAUGAGUUCUACCAAGAGCUUAUCGACGAGCAUCUCGACCCGGGAAGGGCGAAGAUCGACGAGGAUGAGGAUGAUUAUGACAUUCUUGAUGUCUUGAUCCGACUUCGUGAGGACAGCUCUUGCUCUGUCGAACUCAGCUGGAAUUCUAUCAAAGGAUUGUUGAUGAAUAUCUUCAUUGCAGGAAUAGAUACAACUGCAGCAUCAAUUGUCUGGACAAUGACAGCUCUAAUGAAGGCACCAAAUGUAAUGAAGAAACUACAAUUGGAGAUCAGAGAAACCCUCGGCCAAAAAAAUCUUGUCGAUGAAGAUGAAAUGCAGAAGCUUCCCUACUUGAAAGCAGUCAUCAAUGAAUCACUCAGAUUGUACCCUCCGGCACCCCUACUCGUGCCUAGAGAAACGAUCAAAAGGGCCGUUCUUAAAGGCUACCAAGUCGAGCCCAAAUCAAUCGUCUAUGUUAAUGCAUGGGCCAUUGCAAGAGAUCCCGAGAAUUGGGACAAUGCAGAAGAGUUUUUGCCCGAACGAUUUAUGAACACUGACAUAGAUGUUAGAGGGAAAGACUUUCGAAUGCUUCCAUUUGGAUCCGGCCGGAGAAUUUGCCCCGGUUCAUUUAUGGCAUCUUCAACUCUAGAGCUUGUCCUUGCGAAUCUUGUCUAUGCAUUUGAUUGGGAGUUGCCCGAAGGUGUUCGACCGCAAGAUGUCGAUACGGAUUCUUUGCCGGGGAUUACAAUGAGUAAGAAAGAACCACUCUGUGUUGUACCUAGACCGCAUGUUGGUUAGGUUUGUUAGUUGAUUUUCGUUUGUAAAUAAAUAAAUGAUAUGUAUCAUUAUCAGCUUAAUUUUUUAGGUUAAACGAUUAUUUACAUUGUAAACUUUGGAAAUUGCCUUGAAAAAUUAUGUUUUUGAAGUAA